AUGGAAAAAAUCAACAAUCUUUCAACACAAUUAGUUAAGUGCUGCUUUUGUGAUUUCUUGAAGGUGAAGAUGCACACUGUGUCCUAUAUUCAUUUCUUCUACCUUGGCCUGUGUUUGCUUACCCUAACCAAUUCUGCUGCUGCUGGCCCAGAAACACUCUGUGGUGCUGAGCUGGUUGAUGCUCUUCAGUUCGUCUGUGGAGACAGAGGCUUUUACUUCAGUAAGCCUACAGGGUAUGGAUCCAGCAGUAGACGCUUACAUCACAAGGGAAUAGUGGAUGAAUGCUGCUUCCAGAGUUGUGACCUGAGGAGGCUGGAGAUGUAUUGUGCUCCAAUAAAGCCACCUAAAUCUGCACGCUCUGUACGUGCCCAGCGCCACACUGAUAUGCCAAAAGCACAAAAGGAAGUGCAUUUGAAGAAUACAAGCAGAGGGAAUACAGGAAACAGAAACUACAGAAUGUAA